CGAUCGGUGAGGUCAUGUGACAAGUUACGUUUUUAAUAAACAGGAAGUACUCAAACCUUAACAACUCAGGUGUAGGAAGUGAUCGGCUGUCCGUUAAAUCAUAAUGGAGGCUCGCUUCACCAGAGGCAAGUCAGCUAUUCUCGAGAGGCCUUUGAGCCGGCCGAAAACCGAGGUGAGCGUGAGCGCCUUCACCCUGCUCUUCUCAGAGGUGGUGCAGUACUGCCAGAGCCGUGUGUACUCGGUGUCCGAGCUGCAGGCUCGCCUAGCGGAGCUGGGGCAGCGAGUGGGAGGCAGCCUACUGGACGUGCUAGUGCUGAGGGAGAAAAACGGCAAGAGGGAGACCAAAGUGCUAAACAUACUGCUGUUCAUCAAGGUAUCUGUGUGGAGAGCACUCUUUGGUAAGGAAGCAGACAAGCUUGAGCAAGCCAACGACGAUGACAAGACUUACUACAUCAUAGAGAAGGAGCCCCUCGUCAACACCUACAUCUCUGUUCCCAAGGAGAACAGCACCUUAAACUGCGCGGCCUUCACGGGAGGGAUCAUAGAGGCCAUUCUCACCCACAGCGGCUUCCCUGCCAAGGUCACCGUCCACUGGCACAAGGGCACCACGCUCAUGAUAAAGUUCGAUGAGGCUGUCAUCGCUAGAGACAAAGUACUGGAAGGAAGAUAGGAGGGAGUUGGAUAAAUGGCUGGAGACUUGUCGUCAUUAUGGAUUCUCAGGAUUCAAGUGGUAUUAAAAUUCACGUUCAACUAUAAAACGAGUUCUUUAUGUUAGAGAAGCAGGAUUAACAAAGCUGUGAAGAACAUGACUUUACAGCCUUUCAGUGGAGGUUGAGAUUUGGGAGGAGUUCAGAAUGUAAACAAAACACUACAAGCUCUUUAUUUAAAGCCUUUGUUGCUCUAGUGCUCUUAAAAAAGGGGUUUUGUUUUACCGCACAAUGUAGACCGACAUCAGCAGCUCCCAAACCAAACAGCUGAUAGAAAAUGUCCCAUUUCCUCAUAUUAGCUAAAGUUAGUGACUGAAUCUGUGUUGGCAGGCCUGAUGUCAGCACAGGUGUCCACAUGUUUGUACUGCAGGGUCACCGCAAUGCUGCUACCUCGACCUAUUCAAGAGGUGAGGCAGCGGCUUUGCGGUUAGCAUGUGUUUAUGCUAAAUAAUGUUUGUACAUGCAUUUUGUUAUUAUAAAAUAUAAGUAAAUGUAUAAGAAAAUGUUUGGGAAUGGAUGUUUUUUUUCUGUCUUUUUUUUAUUUUUUACUUUUUGGUAUUUAUAAAAGAAACUGUGGUGGUUUCACCAGAAACUAGAAAAUUCAGUAUUGGUAAACCAGGGAGGGGCAGUGAGUCAUUUGUCUCAGAAAGAAAAUAAAAGCACUGCUCUUGUUUCUUAAACUCACAAAUAUGAAAGUAAAUGCUGUGCUGUGAAAAA